ACCGCCUCUUCCCACCGCUAGGGCCGCCUAGCCCCUCUCUGUCCGGUGAGGCUCACGCACCGACCCGCAACAAGCUCGUCGCGGCGGCGGUUGGACCCGAGCUCGCACAGCAGGCUCACAGAUGGGUCAGGGACUCUGGAGGGUUGCUAGGAAUCAGCAACUGCAACACCAAGGAUUCAGUGGACAAGGCUAUCUUACCAGAGAGCAUGGUAGGAGGAUAGCUACUAACAAUGUCUCCAAUACAAGCCACCGGAAACAAGCCCAAGGAGGUAUUGACAUCUACCACCUGCUGAAGACAAGAAAAUCUAAAGAACAAGAAGGAUUCAUUAACUUGGAAAUGCUGCCACCAGAGCUUAGUUUUACCAUUUUGUCAUAUCUGAAUGCAACUGAUCUCUGUCUAGCUUCGUGUGUUUGGCAGGAUCUCGCUAAUGAUGAGCUCCUCUGGCAAGGGUUGUGCAAAUCCACUUGGGGUCACUGUUCUAUAUACAAUAAGAAUCCACCUCUAGGAUUUUCUUUUAGAAAACUGUAUAUGCAACUAGAUGAGGGCAGCCUCACCUUUAAUGCCAACCCUGAUGAGGGAGUCAACUACUUUAUGUCCAAGGGCAUACUAGAUGAUUCGCCAAAGGAAAUAGCUAAGUUUAUCUUUUGCACAAGAACACUAAAUUGGAAGAAGCUGAGAAUCUAUCUCGAUGAAAGGCGAGAUGUUUUGGAUGACCUUGUGACGCUGCACAACUUUAGAAAUCAGUUCUUGCCAAAUGCACUGAGAGAGUUCUUCAGACAUAUUCAUGCCCCCGAGGAGCGUGGGGAAUAUCUUGAGACUCUCAUAACGAAGUUCUCUCACAGAUUCUGUGCUUGUAACCCUGAUUUGAUGAGAGAGCUUGGCCUUAGCCCUGAUGCAGUUUAUGUACUGUGUUACUCUUUGAUUCUUCUUUCCAUUGAUCUAACCAGCCCUCACGUGAAGAACAAAAUGUCAAAGAGAGAAUUCAUCCGGAAUACACGACGAGCUGCACAGAAUAUUAGUGAAGAUUUUGUAGGGCACCUUUAUGACAACAUCUACCUUAUUGGCCACGUGGCUGCCUAAACGCACAAUUUGCUAGCACAGUUUGUAAUUUUCAAAAACUACAUAGUUUCAAGAAAUAGAUUAUUUUGUAGAGAUGGGGGUUAUUUUAGUGCUGGUCAUUCUAACCUCUGUAUGCAAUCAAAGUUUGUGUGUAAGUGUAUGUAUGUGUAAACUACCUUUUCUAUCUAUUUACUGUGGGAAUGGAAGGAUUUGGAGAUUUGUUUUUCAUAAUUUUUUUAAUUUUGCACAGAAUAGUGCCAUUAGUCUGACACAACUAAUUACAAAUGUUAAAACUGACAUUACAGUCUAAGCUGACAAAGUGGUGGAUUUGUGCAUUAGAUUUGCUUGAAACUUUAAUUAUUUCAUUCUUUUUAAGAUACUGUGUAAUGUGUAUAUAUUUAACUAAAGAGAUUUAUAAUCAUAAUUAUUUUAUUGUAAAAUAUUUUAACUAAAAUUGCUCCUCUCUCUUAAAAGUGUAUUUCCUUCUUUUGCAUUAAACUUUUUUUUUUUACAGUGCUAAUUACCUCAGAUACAUAAGUUAGAGAAACAUAGAUCUCAAUACUGUGAUAAAGUCUGGGGGUUUUUUUGGUGGGUUUUUUUUUUUUUUUUUUUUUUUUUCCUGAGAGAUGGCAGAACACUUGUAAAGUAUCUAAGUUAAUAUUUAAUACUGUAUGACUAACUUGAAUAACCAUAUUGGUCACAUAGGCAUAGCCUAGGGAAAAUGUGCAUGUUGCACAGAGAUAGAAAACUUAUUUUGCUGGCAGUAGUUAAUGGUGGUAUAGAACAGCUACCAUCAGCUAUUCAGCCCUGUAAGCAAAGAAAACUUAAACAGGAAAAGCAGUGUAGGGAAGCUAACGUUGCUGCUUUCAACCAUCUCCCGCAGUGUGGAAGUGUCAGUGAUGGAAACGGCCAGGUAAAUUUAUAGCAGAUGAGUCAUUGUUAAAGCUGCUAAGAGCUGUGACCGAGUGAGCUUAGAAUGGUGACUGUACAAGACUGGAGCUGUUUCAGACUGUUUUGGCCAACUCAGACUCUUCCUAAAUAUCUUCUGUAGCUAGAUUUUAAAUAGUUCUAAACUUUCGAAAAUACUUGAAAAACAGUUUCAAUCAGGUUGUGUCUUAUAUUCUCUGAAACAUGCAGAAUAUUAGCCGUGCAUUUGCAGUGCAAGUGCAGGAAGUUAUUAAGCAUUUGCCUUGUUUUAGUUCAUACUGCAGUACUUCUCAUAAACUGACAUUAUAUGUAGUUGAAAUAAGAGCCAUUCCUUAAUCUCUUCCUGAUUAUAUUUGUUUAUAUAAUACUCAGCUAUCUCUAGCAUCUGUUUUUAUCAUAAUAACUAAUAGAUAUAUCAUUUUUACAUACCACACCAUGAGAUGAGGUAGGAAGAUGUUCUUAGUUGUGUUUUACAAGCCUCUGUAGAGGUGGUUGUUGUUUGUUUUUAGUGUAAGAAGCUUAUGGCAGAGCCAGAAACUGAAUGCAGCUCAUACUCAUAGACAUAUACUUUGCCUACACUGCUGCUUUCUUUUUGGCACUGAAUGGAUAUUACAUUUGUUUCAGAUGUGAGAAGAAUGAUGACUGACAGUAUACUAAUUUCAGUCUACAUAAGGGCUACAUAAAUAACGGGGGAAAAAACAGAGCUACUGCUGGUACCUCAAGUAUUUAGUAAAAACAGUUAUACUCAUCACUCUCAUCCACAUGCAAAAAUGCACCCAGAAAGAAUUGUAUUUUUUAAGUAAAUUACCUCUAAUCAAAUUUAAACAUAAUUUGUAUUUGUGUGGCAUACACAACCAAAGUCGGGAGCCAGCAGUAUUGCAGCAAUCUUCCUGUGAAGUUUUACAGUAUUGCUUCCCUCUCUCAGGGUAAGCUCUCAUCACUUCAUUCUGGGUCCUUUCAUAUAUUUCAGAAGGCUCAAGGAUACAUUCCUUAAUCAUUAGUCAUCAAUUAAUGUCAAACACAAAAUGUUAAAAGCAUAAUAUUAAACAUUGCCUUAGGCAAAGGUCUCUAGUCCUGUUUAAAAAAAAAAAAAAAAAGUUGUUAAAAAAAAGAAAACAAGAAGGGUAAGCAUGUGCUCCUACUUUUACAUGAAGGCUGCAGAAUACCACUUCCUAAAAUACACUCUUCAGAUGUUACAUACAUACAAAUAGGAAUUCCAUGAAUUCUGAAGUUUCAACAAGUUACAAUCUUAUCAGGAAAAGUUUUCUUCUGGGACCACAAAUGCAGCUCAGAGUCUUAAUUCUCUUUUUCCUGGCCCCUCCGUUGACAUCAGAGAUAGUGGUUUUGAUUUUACACUGAUAUGAGAGUACAAUUCAUUAAUCUACAUUUCUCUUAAUUUCUAGUGACUCUCAGUUCCUAUCCUAAAACAGAACAAAGCCUCCAGGCGGGCAGAAUGUGCUCUUUCUGGAGUAGUUGAAUACAUCUAUUAACAAGGUUUAGAAAGCUUCAAGGCCCAUGUAACAGCCAAGAAGAUAAAUUAGAAACAGGAGAAUAUGCUUAAAGUUUCUGUAAAUCCAGAAGGGAAAAAAAAGAAAUUACUCCUAUAAAUAACAGCUUCUGAUCUUCACAAGAAAUUUUGAAUAGUGUUAAUUGAUUAGCACCCAACUCAUGUUAUACAUUAUAUUAGCAACUCAGAGUGGAUAGAAAGCAUCUAACUCAACGUGCCAUGUGUGAAUUCUUUUAGAAAUAUCCAAUAAACCAAAACUGACAAUAAACAUUUCAUCUGUUCUUUUUUCUUUUGAGGUUUGAGUCGUUCUGUACAGUGGUAAGUAAGCAAUUUUUUCAUUUUUAAGGAUCACAACUUUUCAUAAAGUUAGACAGUUUUCUGCUUUGUUUUAAAAGGGAUGGGAGGGUGCAUGUAAAAAUUAAGCAUAUCACCAAUGGCAAACAUAAAGUUAUCUUACUCAUGCUCCAUAAGUACUCUAUAAUGGAAGUUUUGGGCAAUUUCUUUUUCAGUGCACUGCUACUUUCUCCAUGUAUGUUUUAAAAGAAAAUAGUGAUAGAUACUUCAUUGAUCCAGGUGUUACUAAAUCUGUUCAUUGGUGUGCUGUGACGAUAGUCACUUGAUCAAGCAUUUUGGAAGAUUUAGGUAGAGGAUCCCAGAUUUAGUUACAUGAGCAUGAUCAUGCUCCCAAGGUACUGUGUGAUUCCACUAUUGCAUGUCCUUUGAGUUUUGGCCAUGCAUCUUACCAGCUUGUAUCAGUACUCUGCGUUCCUCAGGAAACUAUGGGAUAACUUCAUUCUGAAGAAAGAGGCUGCAGCCCAUCCUCCUACAAAUUCUAGUUAUUCUGCUCUUAGAAUACCAAACUUGUAUUCUGAAUGGCCAUUUCUAAAAUUUUGCUGACUUUAGUAUAGUUUAGUAUAGUUUAGUAUAGUGACAAAAGGACAACUGUUCUUUGUUCAUAUAGAGGAAAGUAAUAUACCAUAGUCCGUGUCAAAUGUCACACUAUACAGCUCAUUUUUGGCUGAAUUAAAUUCUGAGACUUCAUUUGUUUAAAGAAUAGGAUGUAUAUUGCAUAUUCAUGUGGCUUAGUUAUAAUCAGUUUCUGACAUUCUAUGUUUUCUCAUGUUUCUAAAACUUGAAUAGUUUCCACUCACCCUCCAAACUGAUUUAUACUGGUUUGACUACUCAAAAUAAAACAAAGCUUGUUCAGCAAAUGAGAGCCCAAAUUGUUGUAGGCUAGAGACAAUUUUGUCAGUUUUGAAGUGGGCAAGAAAUUCUCACUAGGGAAAAAUAAAUUAAAUUUGUUCUCUUCAACCUCUCCUUCCUAUUCCCUCGAGUGUAACGAAUCUACACUGGAAAAUAAUAUAUUUAAAACAGCUUCAAAAAAAGGUUUAGAAAAAUAAACUUCCAAUAGAUGAGCAAAUAGAUGUGACUAUUUCCUCUGCAGUAUACCGGAAUUUAGUAACAUCUAUUACAUAAGCCUUAAGAGAAGGAAUAGUUCUUUUUUGAAGUGGCAGUACUUUUGUUCUCUGUGUAAGGCUGUGCAAUCUGAUAUUUUUCUAAUUCUAUUUUCUCAAAAUAAGUAUUAAAUUAUUUUUAGUACUUAAGCAAAGAUUGAAGUGCAGUAACUUUCUCAUGUUAAAAUAAUGAUGUUAAUUGUUUAGAAAAGUCCAAUUUACUUGCCUUGUAUUGUAUCACAAAUGAGAAUUUAAGAUAAGGGUUAUUCUUUCUUUUCACAUUUUUCAUGUAAAUGCUGAGAGUAAUAAACAUUAGGGUAGAUGGUUCGUCCUCUGCCAUUGUAAAAUCUAUCACUAAUCUCUAAAGCUAUUAAAAUGGACAAAGGACAGACUAGGGGUUUUCCUGUGUCUCCCAUAGGCACAUUAUGGUUUUGUUUUGUCUUAAAGAGAAAUAAUAUACAAUCUGUUAUAACCUACAUAUAAUAGUGAUUUUAGUAAGAUCAAAUUUUAUGUGAUCUUUUCAUAUUAUUUAUCAGAUGUUAAGACAACAUAUAGCGUUUAUAGUUACACCAUAACCAGAUAGCUAGCAUUAGUUAUACAAAUGAAUGUAUAUGUAAAAGGCUGCAGGGACCAUAUUGCUCCUUCAUCACUUCAGUGCUUUUGUUGAUAGAGGUCUUCAUGAAUCUGCAAUUUUUCUUUCUUAUUCAUCUAUUUCUUAUCAAAGGUUGCUUAGAUUAUAAAAUAUUUAACAGAACACUUCCAUUCCCUCUGUGCAAUUUUAUUCCAUCAAGAAGCAACUUUCUUUUUUCUGUAUUUGUUAUUGAAAAGCAAAAAGCUGCAAUUCAUUGAAAAAAUGAAGCCAGUCUAAUUAUCAGAAAUGUUCACACAUAACAUCUAUUACAGAAAACAUGCAAAAAGCACUUCUCUGUUUUCUAGCCAUCCAACAAGCUCAUUAUUUUAAAGUUUAAAAAUAAUACCUAUUGUGCACAUGACAGAAAUUGGGAAUAUUUGUCUGAAAGCAAUACAGUCAGGAUAUUGGUUCUUUUCAUAGAGGGUAUUCAUUUGUAAAAGUUAGCUUUCUUCUUGGCAGUGUAGGAGAGGAAUGUUGGAUUUAAUUUAAAAUGAUUAAUGAGAUUUUGUCAGACUCCCUGCCUUUACCACCGCUGCAGUUUGUCAGCACAACAACUUGGGAAACCCGGACGCCACUCUGUCGCCCAAAACAGCUUUCCAGGAAAAAAUAAACCUGAGUAACUAUUGCCAGGUACAUGUCAAUGGGACUGUCUUUCAGCUGUUGACAGCUUAACUCUGAGUCAGGACAUUUACACAUUCUGAGGAAGUGAACCUCAUUCAUUAUUU